AUGGAUGUGACCCCUCUUUCUCUCGGCAUUGAGGUUGAGGAUGGUGUUAUGCAUGUUAUGCUCCCAAGGAACACAACCAUUCCCACUAAGAUACAAAAGGUGUACAGGUCCCGCGAGGACAAUCAAACUAGUGUAAGGUUUUCGGUGUACGAGGGUGAGAGAACUAGAAUUAGUGACAAUAAUUUGUUGGGUACCUUCAAUUUACAUGGAAUUCCUCCAGCACCUUGUGGUGUUGCUAAGUUUCCCACAUACUUUGAUAUUAGUGCAGACGGUAUAUUGACUGUGUUUGCUGAGAACAAGGAAUCAGGGAGCAAGAAUACGAUUACGAUUAAAAACAACAUUGGUAGGUUGUCGUCUUCUGAGAUUAAGAGGCUGGUUCGAGAGGCUGAGAAGUACAAAUUGGACGAUGAAAAACACAGGAAGAAGGUAGAGUUAAGGAACACCUUUGAGACAUAUGCGUUUAAGAUGAGGAGCAUGGUCUAUCUUAGCGGAGGGACUUUAUCAUUGGAUGAUCAGGAGAAGGUCGAGAACGCAGUCUACAAGGCCACACAGUGGUUGUCUAACAAUGAAGUUGGUAAAACAGACGAAAUCAACGGCAGGAUGAAGGCAUUACAGAACGUUUGGGACCCUAUCAUAUCUAAGCUGUACCAGCAGGGUGAUACUGAUAGCAGUCCUUCAUCUAGCACUGAUGCACCAAAAUUCCAGAAAAUCCUGAGAUCACUUGGUUUCUUCUGA